AUGAAGUCCCCAGAGAUUUAUCAGUCACAAUUUCCAUCUCCGAUGACGAGAAACUACGGUGGUGGACGACGGACAUCGUUGUCAAUCGCUUCCGACGCUUUUCUCUUCUUCUCCGGCGCUGUCGCCUCUCUGUUACUCGUCUGGACUUUCUCUACUUUCUCAAAUCAUCAACCCACUACAAAUUUUGAAACACAAACUCUCGAACCCAAAUCUUCCGUCUCCGUCGUCGAUAAUGUCGAUUGCGAAAGAACCAGUAAUGGAUUAAACCUCCAUUACGACCCACCGGACCAGAAUUUCUACGACGACCCAUCUUUAAGCUACACCAUCGACAAACCCAUAAAAAAUUGGGACGAAAAGAGACGAGAAUGGUUGAAACUACACCCGUCAUUCGGACCAAACUCCGACGAACGUGUCCUCGUCGUCUCCGGCUCACAAUCCCAGCCGUGUAGCAACCCGAUCGGCGAUCAUUUACUAUUACGAUUCUUCAAGAACAAAGUAGACUACUGUCGGAUCCACGGCUACGACAUCUUCUACAACAACGUCCUCCUCCACCCCCAAAUGCACACAUUCUGGGCCAAAAUUCCGGCGGUUCGCGCCGCCAUGUUAGCCCACCCGGAAUCCGAGUGGAUAUGGUGGGUCGACUCAGACGCGGCGUUCACCGACAUGGACUUUAAGUUACCCUUACACCGUUACAAAGACCACAACUUCGUCGUCCACGGCUGGCCGGAGCUGAUCUACCGGAAGAAAAGCUGGACGAGUUUAAACGCCGGAGUUUUCCUGAUCCGAAACAGUCAAUGGGCUCUUGAUUUCAUGGAUGUGUGGUCGGGUAUGGGUCCUCAGACUCCGGAUUACGAAAAAUGGGGCGAAAUCUUGAGAGAAACUUGUAAAGACAAAUCGUUUCCAGAAUCCGACGAUCAAACGGGUUUGGUUUAUUUAUUAUUAAAAGAAAAAGAAAAAUGGGGGGAUAAAAUAUACGUUGAAGGGGAAUACUACUUCGAGGGGUAUUGGUUGGAAAUAGUUGAAACUUUGGAGAACAUAACGGCGAAAUAUAACGGCGUUGAGAGAGGGGCGCGUAGGUUAAGAAGACGACACGCUGAAAAGGUGAGUGAGGGCUAUUCUGCGCUGUGGGAGACGUAUCUGAAAGACGCCGGGUAUGGGAAGUUCAGUUGGCGGCGGCCGUUUAUUACUCAUUUUACGGGCUGUCAGCCGUGUAGCGGGCAGCAUAAUCAAAUGUUUUGCGUAAUUAUGGUUUUGUACAUCGCGAUUUACUGGAUUCUGCCUCUGUGUCAUCUCUACCGUUCGAUUACCCUGCAUGAUUAUCAAAGCAUUGUAACUUUAUUGAUGAGUGGAAGCUUUAAUCCAGUGAAGAAAAGUAAAAGGAGAGGAUAUUCGGUUUAUAACUAGUGCUAAUGUUAUUUAUGCAUUUCUAUAUAUAUUUCUUUAUAUAUAAAUAUAUAUAGGAGUGGUGUUUGUAUUAUUAAUUUUUGUACAUUUUCAGUGAAUUUAAUGUUAUGAGUUCUGAA